UUGAGCCUCUGUGUAAUAUGGGAAGAGGUCCAAACCCUUUCACACACACUUACCAGAAGCCUAUUUAAUAAGCUCAUGUCCUCUCAAAGAGAUUUAUCUUCUUUGUGAAACAAAUAGUCAGACUAUCAUCAUUUCAACUGACGGAGGGAUUUCCUAUCAUUUGAUACCAAUCGAAUUCAGUUUCCCAUAAUGAGGACCAACUGUAUAGAGCUUAGCAGUGCUGAAAAAGUCAUAAGUCGUACUUCAGUCACAGUAAAUAUAUAACGUUAUAAUAUUACGUUCGUAAAAGUGAAAUUCACCAAUUCAAUUAGAUACUUGAGUCAAAGUCUUAAAGAAUCUGAUAAUGAAUGCAAAAGUAACUGAAUUCCUAAUUUGAUAUUUACCAUCUUUUUUCGGAUUCAGAAAUAAAAAUCAAUAUUCUGUCAAUCUGACCGCCAACAAAAGGAUUUUUUUUUUAAAGGUGCUUCUUUGGCUUGCAUAUACCAUGCAAUCGGCACAGCAGUGCAGAGGGAACUACACGGAAACUUUCAUCUCAACUGAGAUUUUUCAGUGCCAACAGUAAACUGAGUGUCCACCGAGUGAUGUGAUUGAAAGCUCGGCAAAAAGCAAGUAAACGGAACUGAGUUAAGAAUGUGUUGUCAAGUCGUGAUGACAUUCAUAAUACGCUAUCACAAUUAAUUAUCAUCGGACCUAAAGUAUUCACAACUGCAAUUAUCAUAUUAUAAUGGCAUAUACGCUGAACCGGACAUCUGAGCGUCUUUCGGCUGCAAUUAUUUUGAAAGUCUCCACAGGAAGCCACCGCGCGCUGCUGUCACCGCCCUUGACUCGCCCAGCUCUGUGUACAUUAAUCCAGCGACGGUGACAUCAGCAGGCUGGACGUCUGCUGUUUUCCUCCAGGAUAAAAGCAUGCGGAGCAGCCUGCGAGGAGCCGCUCACACUCGUCCUCCUGCAGGAGCUCCGCACGGCUCAGCCUCUGCUCCGCUCGUCUCCUGAAGAAGCUCGCUCGGCCCGGCCACAGGAGAGCCAGAGGGACCUGACGGGAGGCUGAGGGGGGAACACAGCGCGGCUUCCCACAGCGAUAUGUUGGGCAACAGAAAGAAAGCAGCCCCGGUGAAGAACGGAGCCGGGACGUCCGAGUCAAAGGCCAUCGAUCCUCUGAGGAACCUGGGAGUUCAGGAGGAUGAAGAUGUGAAGCAGAUGUUGCAGGGCUCCAGUAUGGUGAAGGUCCGCUCGCCUCGCUGGCAGAAGCGCCGGACUCUGAAGCUGUUGGAAGACGGCGUCACCGUCUGGUGUCAGUCCCACAAAACCUCGAGCAGGGCCAAGGAGCAACAGUCCUUCUCUGUCAUGGAGGUGGAGUGCAUCCGUGAGGGAUGCCAGUCAGAGACGUUGCGCCAGAUGGCCGGCUCAGUGCCCGAGGGCCGGUGUUUGACGGUGGUCUUCAAGGGGUCCCGAAAAAGCCUGGAUCUGCUCUGCCAGAGCCGGGAGGAGGCUCAACACUGGGUCCGUGGAAUCCGAACACUGCAGGGGAGGGUGGAGAACAUGACCCAGAAAGAGAAACUUGACCAUUGGAUUCAUGCGUACCUGAGUCGCGCUGACCAGAACCACGACGAUAAGAUGAGCUACGACGAGGUCCGGACACUGUUGCAGAUGAUCAACAUCGACCUGAGUGACCAGUACGCGCGCAGCCUUUUCCAGAAAUGUGACCAGUCAGCUGACGGCCGUCUGGACCACGGAGAGAUUGAGGUGUUCUGCCGGGAGCUGUUGCGGAGACCGGAGCUGGACGCCGUGUUCAUCCGCUACUCUGCCAACGGCUGCGUGCUCUCCACUGUGGACCUGAGGGAUUUCUUGAAGGACCAGGGGGAGGACGCCUCGCUCACCCACGCCCAAAGCCUCAUCCUCACCUAUGAACUUAACGAAUGGGCCCAGAAAAACCAAUUCAUGACCCCCAACGGUUUCACCAUGUACAUGCUGUCUAAGGAGAACUGCGUGUUCAACCCGGAGCACGCUCAGGUUUACCAGGACAUGCGGCGCCCACUGGCGCACUACUUCAUCUCCUCCUCCCACAACACCUACCUCACUGCGGACCAGCUGACUGGAGACAGCAGCACAGAGCCGUACAUCCGAGCCCUGAAUCAUGGCUGCCGCUGCGUGGAGCUGGACUGCUGGGACGGAGAUAAAGGAGAGCCGGUCAUCUACCACGGACACACGCUCACCUCCAAAGUGCCCUUCGUUGAAGUCAUUGAGACUAUCAAUGAAUAUGCUUUUAAAGCCUCUCCCUACCCUCUCAUCCUGUCCCUGGAGAACCACUGCUCCGUGGAGCAGCAGGCGGUCAUGGCUCGACACCUCCGAUCCAUCCUGGGGGAAAAGCUGCUCACUAAGCCCCUCAAGGAAGUGGAUCCUCACAAACUGCCCUCUCCAGAGGAUCUCCAGUUGAAAAUCCUGGUGAAGGGGAAGAAGGAGCGCGUGGUGGAGGAGUGCUCGUCCAGCUCGUCAGACCUCAGCUCCUCAGAUGAGGAGGCCAGCCGGUGCAGCGAAGGCAAACCCAGGAGAAAGAAAGAGGAGAAGAAGCCAGGUGUAUCUAAGCUGAGUCCAGAGCUGUCAGAGCUGGUGGUGUACACCCGGAGUGUUCCCUUUAAAAGCUUCGAACAGUCGGCCAAAAGCCCAGCGACCGACAUGUCGUCUUUCUCUGAAAGUGAAGCACUCAGGCAUGUGAAGGACUCAGGGAUGUAUUUUGUUCGUCACAACAGCCACCAGCUCAGCAGGAUCUACCCCUCAGGUCAGCGCCUCCAGUCCUCAAACUACAACCCUCAGGACAUGUGGAACGGGGGCUGUCAGAUUGUUGCUUUGAAUUUCCAGACACCGGGCGAGCAGAUGGACUUGAACCAUGGCAGGUUCCUGCAGAAUGGUCAGUGUGGCUACGUCUUGAAGCCUCCUUUCAUGUGCCAGCCUGACAUUAAGUUCAACCCCGAGAACGUGGGUGGAGGUCCUGGCCAUCAACCUGUCCUGCUCACUGUUCGGAUUAUUUCAGCUCAGCAGCUCCCUAAAUCAGAACUGGACAAGCCGAGCUCCAUAGUGGACCCUCAGGUGUGGGUGGAGAUACAUGGCGUUCCCAUUGACAACAGCAAGAAGAAAACUCAUCAUGUCGACAACAAUGGGUUUAACCCGCGGUGGGACUGUACCUUUAACUUUACCGUCCAUGUCCCCGACCUGGCUCUGGUUCGUUUCAUGGUGGAGGACCAUGACUACACCUCAAGCAAUGACUUCCUGGGACAGUACACGCUGCCCUUCGCGAGUCUCCGUUCAGGUUACCGUCAUGUCCGACUGCUUAAGCAGGAUGGCUCCAGACUUUCUCCCUCCUCAAUCUUCAUCCAUGUGAAGAUCACUCCGUGUCAGAACAGCCCCUCGAAAUCAUCAGCUACAUCAGCGGCCAGGUCACCAGCCAAGUGUUCAGCCAAGAAACCCUAAUCCCGUCUCUGCCCCAUUAUACCACGAAGCUCAGAGGCCAGUAGGGAAGAUCCCAAGACCUAUUUGAGCCAGGCAACGAAAGAUCUGCUCUCUAAUUCAUAGAAUUACAAAGGUUAUAACCUUAUAAAUGUUGCAGCUAUAUCCUCAGUCUGUCAGUGUUUUAUGGAACAGGAGGAUUGUGUUCUAACCAAAUGAAAACUGACCAGCAUUUUAACAUUUUGAUAUCACGAGAGAAAGAAGACUCGCUUCUAUGACAUUUACUGCUGAGCGUGUUACGUUUAUUAUGCCAGUAGGUUUUGUGAAUAAACCCCCUGAGCUUUCCAAGGGUGUGUAAACGUAAAAAAAAAGAAAAGAUGCAAUCAGGGACCAUCAGCGCCGAACCCGAUGUCGGUUUUAGCUGUGGUUGAUUUAACUGCACUCCUAACCUCAUUCCGUCCCACAAAAAAAUGAUCUAGUAACUUCGACUGGAGAAUACAUGAAGCCCCAACAUUGUCUGUAAUCCCUCUGUUGAUGGAGGGUUGAUGUUCACUCAGUGAGGACCCAUUAUAGCAGCCUGCAGAAGUCUACAUAUACGUAUAUAUAAUCUGCGAGACCAUGGCUGAAAUCUGCUGUCAGGUUUAAAUGACUACAUUUAAAUGCCUGCUGGUUUACAAUUAGAUGUCUUUAUUUGUUUCUCCUCUAUUUCCUUAUCCCCAGUGCAUCGCAUAUAUUGCAUGCGUCCCAACCCCGACCGGUCAAAGAUGGCCACCAUUUAAUCUGGUUCCACUCAGGACUACUGCCUGUUAAAAGGCGUUUUUUUUUUCCUGGUGCUUUUUCAUGGGUGGAAAACUUUGAUAUCUGUAAAUUGAUUUAUUAAAGUGUCAUCACGACCUGCUGCACUUGAAAAGUGUCAUGAGGUAACUUUUCUUGUGAACUGGCGUCAUAUAAAUCAAACUGACUUGACUUUGUACAAACUUUGUACAAAAUGCAAUGCUCUGCAGCGGUAGGUUAUUUGUUUCAGGCGCCAGCGGGGCCAAAAUCAAUGAAAGCCAGUUUCAGGGAAAGUCACAUGAGUGUGACACAUUUCAAAAACCAUUGCACAGUGUCUAAAAUACUGUAAGUGAAGAUUUUACUCUGGAAUUUCAUUUUGUUGUCCAUCUUGAAGAUUAUGAGGCUAACAGCAGAAUUACGCUGCUUUCAACUGCUCACAUUGUAAAGUAAUCUACUGGGAAUGCAAUGUGAUGUGACUACAUGUGAUUGCCAGGAAGCAUCCCUCUUCUGCAGCUGAUCAAGGAAAUAAAUCACAAAGAGCGACGUACAAACCAAAAAAAAAUUCAAACUGAACUAAAAACACUCUAACCUUGGAAGAUACGAAUUGGAUGUUUCUAACUUGAUCUGCUGGUGCCUCAUAUGAGCUUUUGUAAGCUUUCUUACCGUGGGGUCACAUUAGGAAGGAUCCGAUCACAGACCAGAACAAGUAUGUCAACAUACACAUAGCAUGCAAGUAUUGUAUUCAGAUAUUUAACGAAAUAUUCAAUAUUCUACGUUUGAAAAAAACGUACUCUUGCAUCCGGGUAUGCAAUCAAAGACAGAGUUUCAGUGGACUUUAGAUGGACAAGUGAAACAGUUCUUUCACCAAGCCUGUAAAGUGCUUAAUAGAACUCUGUUUAGCCUGUAUUCAUGACAAAAAAAAAUGAUUGGUUCUCCAUGAGACCUAUGUUUCUCAUCUUGAAUUAUAUCAAGAACGAAUCUCCAUGCUUGUGUAUCGAGACAAACACAUCCUCAAAAAUCUUUUAUAAGUGUAUCAGGGAGACCAGAUCUGACUACAGCUCUCUUUUACAAUCAAAUACAGGCUUCAAACCUGGCAUUUUCCCUAAUAUUAUUGCAAAAACCAUAUUCAGUUCUUUUAACAACGUGUCUGCAGACCUCCACGGUGAUGAAAAGCUCUUGUUUCUGCAUGCCUGACAUGUGCUGUACAAAUGCAGGGGCCUGUCGGCAGCAAAAUCCCAUCCCAGUACUUGUGCUAUGUAGCCUGUAGUGCAUCGCAUCAAACUGAAAACACGUGAAGACAGCGUGUUGCAUGUCUUAGCUCGAAAGAAUUUAAAUCUACAGUGUGUUUGUUCUCUCGUUUUAUGAGUAAAUGAAUCAGACCAAACUAUAUCAGUAAGUAGAUACUAGAGAUUUUUUUUAUAUAUAUCAUUUUUAUUAGCAAACACAAUUUGUGCAGUUAAGCAAUAGCUAAAUGCUGAUGUUCACUAGAUAAAUCUGCUGCCUUAUAGUUAGGUAAUUAUAUUAGAUGGAUAUGCUUCAUAGUUACGUGCAUUUUGUUGUCUUUGUUUUAGUUUUGCCAUCGUCUCCGUUUACUUUGUGUUUAAAUGUGUAGUGUGCGAGGAGAGUCAGCUUCACUGACGAUCCACUGAGGCCACUGUGACGUAAAGGCUUUAUUACAGUCAGUGUUUGAACAGAUUAUAAGACACAUUUCUGCGUUAGACAUCACUCUGUAAAGUCAUCUGCCAUACCGCAUUAUGUUAAAUGGAAGGUUUUUAUAGUGACGUUUUUACUUGAUUUGCCGGAGUUGGUAUUAAGACUGUCAUAUUCAUAUCGAUUUACAUGUGUCUCGAAGAACUGUGAAGAUGAGACACCAUGAUGAUCUGAAAGAGAAUCUUGAAACUUGAAGGAAUUUAAAUCAGGGUUGGUUCUGAGAAGAUGAAGGGAUAUUAGAGAUCAGUAUUAUCAUCAUCGAGCAUCUUAUAACUAUAUGAAGUAAUCUAACGUAUUAAGAAUAUGUUUGUAUGAUGAAAAGACUGAACCAUGAAUAAUGACCUGCUUGUGAUAAGAAAAUGUGAUAAGGAAAUCAGUGUAGUAUUUUAAGUUUUGGAGGCAGUGCCAAUACUUAACAAUCUCAAAGAUUCCAGUUCAGUUUCUAAAAAAAAAAAAAUUGCACUUAUACAUGUAUAAGGAACUGUACAUUUUAGAAAGACCAAUAUGGGUAGAGGAGAAACAAGCUGUGUUUUUUUUACUGUAGCAAUUAUGACAAAAACCAUUCAAACCAUUGACAUUGUUGUUGUUUAUUUAUGUAUCUGAAGUAUUAUACCGUUUGCUUUUGUGCUGCGCCAGCUGUAUAAUCAACCUGAUGUUAUUUAUUUGAACUGUUGAUAGAAAAUGAUAGAAUAGAAAUGCAAUAAAAAAUUUUAAAAAAUCUGCACAUGGCUGAAGAACCUCAUAAUGUCACACAGUAUUUAUGUAACAGAAGUCCAGCUUUGAACCAAACUGUCAGCUGACACAUGCAAAUGUUUUUACAGUAGAAAGUUCAAUAAAAGAUUGAGUUCA